UCGGGGAGCACAUUUCAACAGACCGGCACAAAUCUUACAGGAAGCUCAAAUUGAACUCUGUUCCCGCACCACAAUUAACGUAUAUUCUCGGUACAUAGCUCUCACUCAAUUCAGCAUGACGAUCCACCUCCUUGCCAUCCUCCUCCCUAAGCCGGGCCGGGUUGCCCGAGUUGAACAACUUGCCAAGGAUGCUGCCGCCUAUGUCCAGCAGAAUGAGCCGGGAACCUUGAAGUACCAGUGGUUCCGGAGCGGAACCCCCGAGCAGCCCAAGAUUGUGGUUUGGGAGGUGUACAGCGACGAGGCCGCCUUCGAGGUGCACAAGACAAGCCCCAUGAUGGCCAAAUUCGUGCAGGCCGAGCAGGAGGAGAGCAACCUCACGGCUCCUAUCGAGAUUUUGCCGCUUGAGCACUUUGAGGGAUUUGCGAGCCGUGAGGUGGCCAAGAUUUGAGCUCCGUGUCUCUUCAUGUACUCAUCUUGUGGGGAGAUGACCC